UUUGUGGGGGCAGGGGUUUUCAAGACAGGGUUUCUCUGUGUAACAGUCCUAGCUGUCCUGGAACUAGCUCUUGUACACCAGGCUAGCCUUGAACUCACAGAGAUCUGCCUGCCUCUGCCUCCUGAGUGCUGAGAUUAAAGGUGUGCACCACCACCGCCCAGCUCAAUUUUCGAGGCUUGAACCAUUUCCUUUGCCUGUUUGAUUGUGUGUGCAUUUUACUUUAUUUAAGGGACAGUUUUUGUUUGUCUUUUCUUCAGUUUCUUUAUGUGGACCUGGACGGUCUCAAAGUUAGAGAUCUGGCUGUUUUUGACUCCCUUGUUGAGAUUAAAUGAGUGCACUGCCAGGCCUAGCUUUCCAUUUCUUAGUAAUGUUGUUUCUUUUAUUUCUUUGUUUUGUUUGUUUUUUGUUUUGAGACAAGGUCUCCUGUAAUCAAGGAUGGUUGAAUUUAUGAUCCUUCUGCUUCCAUCACUCAAGCUGAGAUUACGGUUAUGUACACCGAGCCUGGCUUCUGUGGUGCUGGGGUUACGGUUAUGGACACUGAGUCUGGCUUCUGUGGUGCUGGGAUUACUGUUAUGGACACUGAGUCUGGCUUCUGUGGUGCUGGGGUUACGGUUAUGGACACCGAGGCUGGCUUCCGUGGUGCUAUUAAAACCAGACUUCAAGUGUUAGCCAAGCGCUCUUCCGACUGAACUGCACUCAUGCCUGCCCCUGCUUACUUUUUAAGGCUUCGAGACUAUGACAUAGGGGCUUCCAGACUGUUGUUAGAGGAACCUCUGGCAUCCCUUCUGAAGCCAGAGACCAGAAAUCACUCACUCAGCAAAUAAGUGAAAACAGCUUUUCUGUUUUCGACGCUGUUUUCCUUAUCUUGAAGUUUUAUUUUUGGAUUUCGGUCAGAAAUGAUUUUAAGACUUUGCCUCGUCUUCCACAUAUGGCCAGCAGAGGGCACCCUAAGAACAGCAUUUGUAUCAGGAUGGCCCGUAGCCCUUUUCACUCUUAGGAAGGCCUGUAGCAGAUGAGAGUGCCAAUCAGGGUUCUGAAUUAAGGUUAGGUGGGGUGUUGGGUGCAUGAGGUGGUACCAGCUAGACACCUGUGCGGAUGAACCUCAGUGGCCUCUAUUGAAGUGAUCUGUGGCCACUUCUGCGAGUUAUUUUCUGAUCCCCAGAACCCACAGAAGAAGCAAACUGACUCCUAAAAGUGGUCUUCUGACCUCUGUGUGGGCACAGAUACCAUACUGUCCCCAGAGACGCUUGGGCCCUUUCUUUUGGCCAUCAGGUUAUUAAAACAAUGGUCUCUGUGGAAUUGAAGUCCCCCCCAGGAAUCACAUGUUGGGGAAGGAAAGGGCUGGAGCUUGUUUUCCAGGAAGAUUUCAAACGUACGCGGGAAAGCUCUCUGAGACGUUGUUCUGAGCGCUGGGCAGAGUGGUAGCCUGUGACAGUUAGACCACCUUUCAGGGCAGACUAGAGCCCAGACAAUGGUGGAUGGAGGGUGAGCAGGGUCCUACUUGAUCAGGAUGCCUUACUGACGUGUAACUCUGGCUCACUAUUUCAAACUACGCCUGAUGGGGACUGAGGUCAGCCCACAGACAGUCGAUCAAACCAAAGGUACUGAGCACAGAGACAGACUCCACACUGGGGAGACAAUGGGCAAUUUCAUUUGAUGUUUCUCUGAGUUUGUUUUAUGCCUUUCUCCCCUUGACUGAUUUUAAUUUGUCUUCACUGGAUCCUGCAGCAGCAGAGUUGGCCCCACCCCUCACUAUAGGCAUGGGCCUCCCCUGGGCAACACCUUAGAGCUGACCCUGUAGUUGGGAUGAGGUGGCUGGCCCUGAUGAUGUGAGUGGGGGACCCGGAUCUACGGGCCAAGGGCAGGAAAACUAGCCUUGCUUCUUGCUGCAGGCUGCGUUGGGUGAGCUAGCCAAGGCUGGAGAGCUCACCCAGGUAGUGAUGAUGAGGAAAAGCUGGUGGGCUGACCAACUCAGCUACAACCAGGGCCCAGAACCAGGGCUAUGAGUUGGUCUACCCCAUCAUCCUCUAAAUCUAUGAACCGUGAAGCAUGUGGAGCAAUGGAGCCUGUGAGGGGAAAAGCCUACAGAUACAAAACAGCAGGAUCUCCCUGACACGGGUCCACAGCAGGAUACCAAGAGAAGCUCCAAUGAGAGCCCAUGACAAGAUUCAUCUUUUGUUUGGUUUGGGUUUUGAUUUUUCUUCCAAGUCUGAUUUUGAUCAAGAGGUUGUAAGGGCAGAGGGUGGGGAGAUAAAGUAGAAUCGAAAUGCAUGAUAUGAAAUCCACAAAGAAUCAAAAAAGUUUUUUAAAAAAAGAUAAAUAAAAAAGAAAUAGGAAAGUCACCUGGAGACUAGAGAUGGAGGGGCCAUUUAAUACCAUAAGGCACAGUGAAAAGCAGGAGCCAUGUUGGUGUGUAUGCCUAUAAUUCCAGCUGUUCCAGAGGUUAAAAGAACAAUACAGAAUAUCAGAGAAACAAUUCUUUGAAAAAAUAAAAUUGGAAAACUCUUAGACAAAUUAAACAAAAGAAAGAGAGAAGACCUCAAAUUUUUAAAUUAGACAUAAAAGAAAAUAUUAAUAGAUACCACUGAAUCCAGAGGAUUAUUUAAAAAAUAUAUCCUGAUAAAUUGUAAAACCUAGGAAAAAUGGAUAUUUUUUUUGACACAUGUGAAUCAAGAGAAUAUAAGCGACCCCAAAAUGAUGGUGAGCCUUGAAACUGGAGGAGCAACACUCUUCCAAUAAAGACAAUCUAAGUACCUGGCAGAUUAAUGGCUGAACUAUACCAGAUCUCCAAUGAAGAGCUAAGACCUUCUCAUACUAUCCCACAAAACUAGAAGGGAAGGAAGGAAGCUGCAGCCACUCUGAUGGCAGAACUGGGUGAUGAUAUCACACACAGAGAGAGCUAUAGACAUUUCCUUGAUGAACACAGAUGCAAAAAUCCUCAGUAAAACACCAGCAACUCAAGUUAAAUAACAGAAGAAAAAGCUAAAACCCCAGGAGUAAGGUGGUUUCACUACAGGGAUGCUGGAAUAGCAAAUGAGUUAAUGUAAUACAGCCUAAAAGCGGAAUAAAGACAAGUUACAUAACCACCUCAAUGGAUAUAAAAAAGGUUUUGACAAAAUUCAGCAUCCUUCAUGAUUGAAAACUCUGAAGUAAUUAGCAACAGUAGGAUCAAAUCUCCCCAUGAUAACACCUGUCUGUGAAAAGCCAGCAGUGACUUUUAUACCAAAUGGGGAAAAUGGACUGGUUUCUCCUGAACCUGUGACAAGGAAGAUGUCUGGUCUGCUCACUAAUUUGGUGCCCUCAGUAAGAUCCUGAGCUGUGUUCUCGUAGCUUCCUUCCUUUCUUCCUCUUUCUUUCUCUCCCUCCUUCCUUCCUUCUUCCCUUCUUUUAUUCCUUCCUUUCAUUUUCUUUUAUCUUUUUCUUUCCAGACAGUUUUAAGUAGCCCAGACUUGUCUUGAAUUCACAAUGUAGCCAGUGACAACCUUGAGCUUCUGAUGACAAUUGGGGUAGUCACCAAUCUAUGACUAGAGCAGAAUAUUGUUAGGCGCCAUUACGUUGGCAUUUUUUCCCUCCAGUUGUGUUUGGCUCUAUUUUAGGUCUCUGGGCCAUUCAGUCUCUAGAUCCUAGCAUUCCAGGCCACGGCAGGGUGGGCUCACUUUUGUGGUCUCAGGCUGGACCAGCCAUUUCCCACAAUCUCUGAGCCACCCUUAUCCUGGUCCCUUCUCCCCUACACAUCCUAUAGGCAGGACAGACUGUGGGUUAAAGGUUGUAUGGUUCCACUGUAAGAUUGCCUUUCCAGUCAUCUCUUUCAGUACUCUCCCUCCUCCUUCCAACCCAACCCCUCAUGUUCCUAUCCCACCUGCCCCCAGUACGCCCAUGAGAUCUCUCUACUUCCCCUUCCCAGGGAGAACCAUGUGUCUCCCCCACUUGAACCCCCCUUGUUACCCAGCCUCUCUGGGUCUAUGGAUUGUAACAUGGCCUUUCUUCACUUUACAGUUAAUAUCAGCUUAUAAGUGAGUACACACCAUGUUUGUCUUUCUGGGUCUGGGUUACCUCAUCCAGAAUGAUUUUUUCCCUAGUUCCACUCAUUUGCCUUCAGUUUUCUUGAUGUCAUUGUUUUUAACAGCUGAGGAAUACUCCAUCGUGUAAAUGUACCAUAUUUUCUUUAUCCAUUCAUCAGUUGAGGGACAUCUGUGUUGUUUUCAGGUUCUGGCUAUUAUGAACAAAACCUCUAUGAACAUAGUUGAGCAAGUGUCCUCGUGAUAUGAUUGAGAAUUCUUUGGGUGUAUGACCAAGAGUGGUAUAGCUGGGUCUUGAGGUAGACCGAUUCCCAAUUUCCUGAGAAACUUCCAUAUUUAUCUCCAAAGUAUGGGCCCCAUUUCUUAAAAGUUCUAUCACCUCCCACAUCACUAACACCAUGGGGAUCAGGCUUUUAAUACAGAGACCCUUGGAGACCAACUCAUAAAAACGAGGCUCUUUGGAGACUUCAGACCCUAGUACCCCUGCCGUUACCUUUCUCUGGGCUUUGCUUUUCUGCAAGUCUACUGUCUCUUUCACUCAGAAACUCCACUGUCACAAAAGCCCAAGCAUUCUGUAAAGAUAUUAUGAAGAAUACUUGAUUCAAAAGCUUGUGAAUCACAAGGUUACAUAGAGAAGUUACUCUAAUCUUGAGGAAUACACCCAGUACCUCCCGGAAGGAGAUCUGGCAAGUCCCCAGGCCGCCUGUCCUGGGAGGCACACAGGGGGCAAGGGCCAGGUCCCAGCAGCAUCUCCAGCAAGACAGCCACGGAGAGACCAUGGAGCAAUUCUUCGUUUUUGUGGGGCUGCUUGCGUGCCUGCUCUGCCUGCUGAAGUGUGUGAGGCUUUCCCGGUACCUCUUGCUGAGCUUCUGGAAGGUUUUACCAGGGUCUUUCCUGCGAUCAAUGGGACAAUGGGCAGUGAUCACCGGAGCAGGAGAUGGCAUCGGGAAAGCCUAUGCAUUUGAGCUGGCCAAACAUGGACUCAACGUUGUACUUAUCAGCCGGACACUGGAAAAGCUACAGGCCAUUGCAGAGGAGAUUGAGGGGACCACUGAAAGCCGUGUGAAGAUUGUGCAAGCAGAUUUUACCAAAGAAGACAUUUAUGACCAUAUUAAAGAAAAACUUAAAGGUUUAGAAAUUGGAAUUUUAGUCAACAAUGUUGGAAUGCUCCCCAGCCUGCUCCCAAGCCGUUUCCUGAACACUCCCGGUGAGAUCCAGAGUCUCAUCCACUGCAACAUCACGUCUGUAGUCAAGAUGACACAGCUUGUUCUGAAGCACAUGGAGUCAAGUGCUGCCUUUGCUCCUUUGCCUUACAGGCGGAAAGGCCUCAUCUUGAACAUUUCUUCUGGGGCAGCCCUUUGUCCCUGGCCUCUGUAUGCCCUGUACUCGGCUUCCAAGGCUUUCGUGUGUACGUUCUCCAAGGCCCUGCAUGUGGAAUACAGAGCGAAAGGAAUCAUUAUCCAGGUGCUGACCCCCUAUGCUGUCUCAACCCCAAUGACAAAGCAUCUAAAUACCAACAUGGUGACCAAGACUGCGGAUGAGUUUGUUAAAGAGUCCUUGAAAUACGUCACUAUUGGGGAUGAAACCUGUGGCUGUCUUGCUCAUGAAAUCUUGGCAAUGCUCCUGAACCUGAUCCCUUCCAGAAUCUUCUACAGCGACACCUUCCAAGAAUUCUUCCUAACAGGCUACUCAGAUUAUCUGAAGCGCAACACCAGCAACAGAUAGAGGGAGUGGGGGAUGGGGGUGGGAGGUGGAGGUAUAAAAGGGUAUAGCUUCUAUAAAAGGGAGGCUUAGCAUUAAAGGCAACACUAAAACAAAACAAAACAAAACAAAACCCUGUAAAGGUAAUAAAUGUGCUGAAAAGAAA